AUGCGCUGUGCCGGCAGAUCGAAUGAAGGUGGAGGAGGUUACGAACACAAGAUAAACGUCGUUGAGAUACCCUUCAUGAAAGUAAUAAUGACAGUAAAUGAUGGCGGAAUUUAUUUGGGUCUCUUUCAGCAGGAAUAUUGCAAGUUUACGAGUGCAACCAGCAGCAGCUUCUCGGUUCACCAUCGUAUCCUACGCCCUCAGCGGCUAUACCCCACCCACCCUCCCUCCCACCCUCCCCAGUAUGUCGGGACCCAGCGUCUCCUCCGCCCUACCCCUUCUGGAGAAAGAUUAUCUUUCGCCGCGGGCUAUCAACUGCCUUUGCCGCCCACGACCGCGCCAUUUGUCUGUUUAAAUUUAUCUAUCGGCGGAGGAACAUCUCCAGACCUCCAAGAUGUUAGGUGGUCUAUUUAUUAUAUAAACCAUAAAGGUGAGGUGCUCAUAUCCCGUGUCUAUCGGGAUGACAUUGGACGAAAUGCAGUGGAUGCAUUCCGUGUUAACGUAAUCCAUGCUCGUCAACAAGUCCGCUCACCGGUCACCAACAUUGCUCGUACAAGUUUUUUCCACAUUAAGCGAGCUAACAUCUGGGUUGCAGCUGUCACCAAGCAAAAUGUCAAUGCUUCGCAGGUGUUUGAGUUCCUCAUCAAGAUGCUGGAGGUGAUGAGCAGCUACUUCGGAAAGAUUUCUGAGGAAAACGUCAAGAACAAUUUUGUUCUUAUUUAUGAACUGCUUGAUGAGAUUCUUGAUUUUGGCUACCCCCAGAACACAGACACAGGUGUCCUCAAGACAUUUAUAACACAGCAGGGUAUUAAGACUGCUACCAAAGAAGAGCAGUCCCAAAUUACAUCUCAGAAUGUCUUGUGUAAGUGUGAUGAGGAAUGCCAUGGAUCAGUAGCAAAGGUUUUUGCUGAAUUUUUACAUUUAAUUCAACAUGAUACCUUGGCACCAGAAUUACUUUUUAUGCUAUAA